GUAUAUAAAAGGACUGUUGUGCUCACAUUUCAGACACCAGAAAUUCUGACAAUGGCAACCACAAGCCCAAUCCAUCUCCAGCUCAAUCUCACCACAGCUCGAGCCAGACACCGUCAGCCGGGGAGCGGCGUCGGAGCUUUCCGGAAAGAUGUGGCAAUCGCACCCUAUAACAAGGCAAUCAAAAUCGCAGAAUCCUUAUCGAACAUGCUCAAUCUUCACAUUGAAACUGCGAUGCAGAGGAAUCUAGCACGUUCCGAGAUGAAUGUUUCGAGCAUUGAGGGGAAGAACAAUACUCCGUCAAUGUCUCCCAAGGAAGACGUCUCCGGCGAGUGGCGGGAGUUCCAUGGCUGCCGGGAUUGGCAUGGCCUCCUUGAUCCUCUGCACCCCUGCCUGCGCAGGGAGAUUGUUAAAUAUGGCGAGUUCGCACAGGCGACGUAUGAUGCAUUUGAUUUCGAUUCAUUCUCCGAAUACUGCGGCAGCUGCAGAUUCAAUCGGAGUAAGCUUUUCCAGAAAUUAGAGCUCAACCACAGCGGUUACAAUGUCACGAAAUAUGUGUACGCAAUGUCGCAUAUUGAUCUGCCUCAGUGGCUGGAGAAAUCGAGAUUCGUAGAUACCUGGAGUAAGGACUCUAAUUGGAUGGGGUUUGUAGCAGUGAGCGACGAUCGGGAAUCGCGGAGGAUCGGACGGCGGGACAUUGUCGUGGCAUGGCGGGGCACGGUGGCGCCGUCGGAGUGGUAUGACAAUAUGCAGCGGAAAUUGGAGCCGAUUGGGGAAGGAGAGUCCAAAGUCGAACAUGGAUUCCUCAGCCUCUACGCUUCAAAGAAUGGUACCACGAGGUACAACAAAUCAAGCGCAUCGGAGCAAGUGAUGAGAGAAAUUAAGCGAUUAAUCGAUUACUACCAUGGAAUAGGCGAAGAGGUCAGCCUCACCAUCACCGGUCACAGCCUCGGCGGCGCGUUGGCGCUAUUGAAUGCCUACGAAGCCGCGAGGAACUUCCCCGAACUUCCGAUCAGCGUCAUCUCCUUCGCAGCUCCGCGCGUGGGGAACAUCGCCUUCCGCGACGAGCUCUACCAAUUGGGGGUAAAAACCCUAAGAAUCACAAUCAAGCAGGAUAUUGUGCCACGAAUGCCCGGAAUUGUUCUCAACGAGAGCCUGCAGAGAUUCGACGACAUCACGGGGCCAUUGGAGUGGAUUUACACUCACGUCGGAGUUGAAUUGAAGCUCGACGUCAGCUCAUCGCCGUAUCUGAAGAAAGGAUUAAAUCUGGUAGGAUUUCACAUGCUCGAAACGUACCUCCACCUGGUCGACGGAUUCCACAGCAGCGAUUCUGGAUUCCGGACGGAUGCUCGGAGGGACGUAGCGCUGGUGAACAAGGCUUGUGAUAUGCUCGUGGAUGAACUGAGAAUCCCUCACAGUUGGUACCAAAUGGCGAAUAAAGGACUGGAAAGGAACCGCCAUGGAAGGUGGGUAAAGCCGACGAGGGAUCCCGAGGACAUACCUUCGGCGGCGGUGGAAUCGCCGAUCGAAGGGGAGGAGUGUUACGUGUUCGAUUCUUUAUUUGAAAAUUGAAUGAUUAAUACCCCUCCGGGUUUUUUUAUUAUUUUUUAUUUUUUAUUUUUUAUUUUUUAUUUUUUAUUUUAUGUAGAAUAAUUUAGAAAUUAAGAUAUGUGAUGAAAAUAUAUAUAUAUUUUAUUUUAUUUAUUUGAAAGAUGUGAAGGAUAAAAUGUGGAGUAGAGAUUAAGGAGCGUAUUUGGCAAUUAGUUGAUAGAUGUUAAGCUGCUAGCUGAUUCAAUUAACUAUUUGUAUUAAAAUAUUUGGUAAAAUAAUUGUUUGAUAUUAGCUGAUUAUACGUAAAAUGACAAUUGAGGAUA